CCAGCCUAAGAGAGAGCCCCCAGCAAACUUCAGUGAAUUUGCAGAGACGAAGAAAGAAGAAGAUGGGAAGUAGACUGGGAAGAAGAGUUGUUCAUUUUGCUAACCUCCCCAUUAAGCUUCUCAUGCCCUCUUCCUUCACCAACAUCUCCGAAAUCGCACUCAAAACAAUACCCUCUGCUUCCAAGAUUGAAAUCAAGAGGGUAUUGGAGUCACUGUAUGGUUUCGAAGUGGAAAAAGUCCGAACCCUAAACAUGGAUGGCAAGAAGAAGAAGAGAGGCGGACUCUUGAUUGCGAAACCGGAUUACAAGAAGGCAUAUGUGACUCUCAAAAACCCUUUAUCAAUUUCUCCUGAUCUGUACCCUAUUCGAAUAAUCGAAGAAGAUAAGCAAAACAUGAAGAAGCAGGCGAAAUCAAGCAUUGUUGAAGACGGAGAAGCGAAGAAGUCACAUUGGCUUGAGAGUAAGGAUGGUGGAAAGUUUAAGCCCGAGACGGGUUUCCAUGGUGUAGAUCGGGGUGGUGCUAGGUUUCCGUGGAGCAGCAUGCGCUCUUCGUCUUCUAGGUAGUUUGGAUUGUGCUAGAAUAUGAGAAUUUGAUUAGCUGUUUUGGUUAUUGGUAUUACCUGUUUGAUAAUUGAUUUCAGUGAGUUAAUGAUGUUGGGACUUGAGAAUAGUGUUAGAUAAUUGCCAAAAAUGUGGUUAUAUUUGAUGCACGAGUAUGAAAAUUACAAAAGUUCUUUUGUUUUUUGUUGUUUGAUUGACAAAAUAUGUUCUAAUGGGG